UUUGACUAAAUUAUAAUAAAUUCCUCAGAAUGUCACAUACUUAUUUUAUGGCACAGAAAAUGAAAGCUGCUAAAUCAGCUUCUCUGCUCGGCAGAAUCUUCAUCAGAAGAGGGAGGCCCCUCCUCGGAAAUGAUGAUGAUGAGGAGGGAUCAGUGAAGAAUAGAUUUGAAGUGUUUACAAAGGUUUUUAAUCAUAAAUACCAUAAUUGCUUUUUGAAAAAUUCUACAGUCAAGCCAAACAACAAACCGAGCUUAAUAAAAUUCGAGAAUAUUGACUUUUCAUCACUGAUAUCUAGAGCACUAACUGAAGUGACCUUUCUAAGGUACCUCCAAAAGAGGGAGGAUUACCGCAACUCAGUAAGGGCGAUCAUGGUACCCUCUAGUCCAAUACUGGGCCUUACAAAAUAUAUUACCCAGAAAGCUUUAGUAGACCAUGGCUACAACAAAACAGGUCUGUACGUGAUCAACUCUGAUGCCGAACGAGAUAAGUUCUGUGAUCGGGCUAUCAGGAAUACUUUCCUACAUAAAUCCAUUGCCAUCGACAGACUGCUAGAUUGUGACUUCAUUGAUACUGAGAACACAGAUUAUACCUACAUUCGAGAUGAAGAUAAUUUGUCAGAAUGCUCAAAUAUCCCUGUUAUCGACCAUAAAGAGCCUGUUAUUAACAUUACUACAUCGUUGACUUUAGAGGGUAAGGAUGUCUCAAUAUACGAGACAAAGUACAUCGAAGAAUCUUCAACAGCUCAAGGAUCCGCUUAA